AUGCUGCAGAAGAGCAUGCAUGCUGUAGAAGAAGCCACUGUCCCCAGAAUCAAGCUCUUCUCAGAGUCCUCUCUGAAUGAUCACACAGGGUCAUACAUCACUGUGUUGGUUGAGGGGGGGGGCGGCAUCACAACAGCGGCAGAGGGGGCAGGGAAUGAACCAGACACAGACAAACCAGCCAGCAGAAGGAACAACACCUCACUGCAAGGCACAGCUACUACCGCCGCAGCCGCAAGAGAUGCAGGAGAAGGAGGAGAUGUGACAAUGAGAGUGAUGCUCCCGCAGCUCAUUGACACUGCUGUCUCUGUCUCCAACCUGGCUUUCUUGACAGUCAUGGAGGCUGCAGCUGCACCACAAAGACAUUUAAUCACUAGAAAACAUCAGAAUAAGUCCUUUAUUGUCUUCUAA